GAACUAUUGAAAUGCCGAAGCGAAAAAUCGACGAAGUUUACGAUAAUUACUCUCGAUCGAGUAAUUAUCGUUUUCUUGCUGCAUGUGCCGCCAGCUCUAGCGAAGGAAGCAUCAGCGAUUCUGAAAAUGAAAGCAGUGAUAGCAGUCACAUCGAUUCAUCUUCCUCGGGCAGCAAGUCAAGCAGCGACCGAAAUUCUUAUUCUCAUACCUCGUGCGUCAACAACACGAUUUCGGAUCGAGGAAAUGAAUACGCGGUCGGAGCUAGACAUCAGGACAUUUCAUCUGAUGAUGCGGUUAACGACGACGCAAGUUCAUCGGAAGAGGAGCCGGAAGACCCCUCGGAAGAAGACGAAUCAAGCAUAGAAAGCGAAGAUCUCGGCGAAGAUGACGCAUUUGUGGAUGCCGCUGAUCAAUCGGUAUAUCCAGGUGCUCCGCUAUCGGUCGCAGAAAGUAUUUUGUCAAUUUUUACUGUUGCUUUGCGUUUUCGAGUAACCAGAGUACUUCUAUCAAAACAUUGUAUAAGUUGAAAAAAUUUUUUAGUGAUAUUAAUGCGCCACUUAAGAAGCAUUAUUACUGCUCUGAAUGUUUGUCUAAAUUGAAUGUACAAUUUUGUAAUAGAUGUAACAGUCGCGACAAUAUUACAUAUUUUAUUGAAGUAUCGAUACUAUCUCAAAUCACCUCGCUUUACAGAAGAUCGAGAUUUUACGAAAGUUUAAUUGAUCGCAGUGCUCGUCAAAAAAAAUGAGGCUAAUUUUGAAGACUUAUAUGACGGUUCCGUAUAUAAUUCUCUACCAGAACAGUUUUUAACUAACCGUAAUAAUAUUACGUUCAUCUGGAACUCUGAUGGAGUGCCGUUAUUUAGGUCUUCAAAAAUAAGCAUUUGGCCAUUAUAUCUCAUGAUUAAUGAGCUACCUUAUAAAUUAAGAAUCAGGAAAGAAAAUAUGAUUAUAGCAGGGCUAUGGUUUGGUCGAGAUAAACCAUCGGUAAACGUGUUUUUAGAUGCUUUCCGAGGAAAUUUGAAAAAAUUGUUCAGAGGCGUGAACGUUACUUUGGCGAACUUAAGAAAUAUACGCGUUCGAGCACAAAUUACAGCAGGGACGUGCGAUUUGUGCGCAAAAGCAAUAUUUUUAAAUUUUCAACAAUUUAAUGGCAAAUUUGGUUGUCCCCGUUGUAAAGUUGAAACUUAACGUUUUGAAAAUGUUCAAACUUUUCCGUAUACCGAAAAUUUAGACUUGCGAACUACAAAUGAAACUGAAUUAUUAGCUGAAACUGCUCAAAUAUCAAAUCGUCAUGUAUCAGGUGUAAAAAGACCUUCUUCUUUAAAUAAAAUAAUGUAUAAUUACGUAGAAUCGACAGCGAUCGACAUUAUGCAUUGCGUGUUUCAAGUUAUGACAAAAAAGUUACUUUUCUUAUGGUUUGAAAGUGAAAACCGUACGCAGCCUUUUUCUCUUAAUGCUUUUAUCGACGUAAUUGAUAAAAAAAUGAAAAGUCUAGCUCUUCCUUCAUUUCUCCCUAAAUAAAGCUGAAGUUUAUCUAAACAUUCACGUAAUGUAAAAUUGCAAGUUUGGCAUAGCCCCAUUGGCUACAUUUA